CAUAUAUGUUUUGUUUUCAUUUAGGGAUGUGAAAUUGAUUUUGUUUUUCAUGUCUGAUUAUAACCAUGUGUGAAAACGAGCCAUUUCUAGUUUUAUGAUGAACAGCUUACCAUGAUUAAAAAUGCUUCCAAUUACACGCUACCGAAUUUAUGUAUGUUUGUUUUUAGCUGUUGUAUUAGCACCCUUUUACAUUGCUCUCUUGCGAUUUCAAGGUGAAUUGAGUACUAACCUGGAAGAAACAAGAGAAGCUUUUUUUAAGACUGAUAUUGAACAAAGAAGACGUAAGAAGCUUGCAGACAAAACAUGUCAAUUUUUGAAGAUUAAUCAGACAGUUGAAAACAUACCAAGCUCAUAUUUUGACCAUUUUAUUGUAGACGAUGCACAUAAGCUGAUUUAUUGUUUUGUUCCAAAGGUGGCCUGUACAAAUUGGAAAAGAAUACUUUUUUGGCUAAGAAGUGCUGACAAAGAUCCGUUAUCUAUUAGUGGUAAUGAAACACAUCAGGCUACUGCUUUUACAUUGCUGAGUCAAUAUAGCAACAAAGAAAUUAGUGACAAGUUAAAGCAUUAUUGGAAGUUCUUUUUUGCCAGGCAUCCCUAUGAGAGACUUCUUUCGGCAUACAGGAACAAAUUAGAGGAGAGUUACGUUGAUUAUUUCAGAACUCGAUUUGGUACUGAAAUCAUAAAAAAAUUUAGACCCAACCCUUCUGAAGAAUCCAUUGAAAAAGGACAUGAUGUAAGAUUUUUGGAAUUUAUACAAUAUGUUACAAGUUUAAAUGUGGAGGAUUGGAAAAAGGCUUUUAAUGAGCAUUGGCGACCUGUAUUUGAUUUAUGCUUUCCUUGCCAUAUUAAAUAUGACUUUAUUGGAAAAUAUGAAACAUUGAGUGAUGAUGCCACAUUUAUACUGAGGAAAACUGGCAUAUCGACUAAAGUCAAAUUUCCAGAUAGGCUCCAGAGCUAUAAAAAGCAACCAACUGGGGAUUUAAUGCAAUUGUAUUACAGAAAUAUAUCGACAAAUUUACACAGAAAGCUUUUUGAAGUUUAUAAAGAAGAUUUUACAUUAUUUGAAUAUGAGUCUCCAUAUUUAUAAUUAGAAUGUGUACUACGUAUGCUGAACCAAUUUAUUUCUACUUAAAUUCAACUUGACAAAUUUAAGUUGUAACAUUUGUAUACAAUUUUAAUGCAUUUUAGAAAAUGAUGCUGUAAAUUGUAUAUUGAAUAUAUAUUUGGUUUGUAAUUUUAAUUGCAUAUUUUUAUGCUUUGAUUUACAGCCAAAAAUUUGUCUGUUAUAAUUUUUAUACUUUACCAAUGCAGCUAUGAACAUUUGCAUUUCAUGUUUUAAUGCCAUUUGAUAACUGCCAUAUUGCUGAGUCAUUUUUCAUUGAAAGCUAAAUAUCAAUAUGUUGAAAGCAUCUUUGUAUGAUAAAUGAAGCUUCUCAUGUAGCGCUUGUGAAUUUGUGAAAUCAUA